AUGUCCGCUGAAGAACUCAUUGCAAAGCUUGCAGAUAGCAGCAGUAAGUGGUCUAAGCAAAUGCUUCAAGUUGUUCGACAUGUGUGGACCGAACAGGGCAAACUAAUUGCAACACCAGAAGAUGCCAAGCACAUGCUCACUGUGGGACAGAGGUGUACAGCACCAGCUUUUGUUCUUUUGCGUAUCUUGGAGUUUAGAACAGGUGUCACUACGUUAGAGUCUGAAGUCCUGCAACAAAAACUACAUGAAAAUGGAUUUGUGAACAUCUCCAUCAUUGUGCUAAAUCACCAUGGGAAAGCCUCACGUGAAAAGUACCAACUCUUAAAAUCAAAGGUGGAAAAUCAAAUUCCCGUGUAUCAACAGGAUGUUGAUCAAGCUGAUGCUUGGGAUCUGCUCCAAGGAAAGAAGGAUGAUUUUCUUAUCUAUGACAGCUGUGGCCAAUUGACUUAUCACCUGGAACUGCCAUUUACCAUCCUAACACAGUCGUAUGUGGCACAUGCGAUUAUAAAAACAUAUUGUCAAAGAAUAUGUAGUAACUGCUCUUUUGUUCAAGAUAAUUCUCCGGAAUGUAUUGCAAGAAACAUAACAACAAGUGAUUUAAGCAAACUCCACAGAGGGCACCAUCGUUUAUAUCAGAACCGCAGGUCCAAAGUCUAUGGAAAUGACCAACUCCGGAAAAACAGGACGGAUGCCACGCAGUUAGGGCAUAAUACACAUAAACAUCCCCAAAGCCAUCACCAUCCCCACCAUCUGCAUGACCAAGUUGAUGCAGAAUCAGAAACUCAUGACCUAACAGCAGAUAAUGGCUCACCACAACUAUGAAUGCACAAAUCAAAUUGUAAGAGAAAGUUCAAGUGAAAACCCGAAGGUAUGUCAGAGUUAACAGGGAUCAGAUGAUGAUGAUACUGUCGUCUGCUGCUCAGUGACAAGUCCUCCAAUAAUGAGGUGACAUGACACUGCAGGACACAGUCAUCAUCCUGACAAUGACAGGAACAGGGACGGCUGGACAGCCUCACUGAAUCCUGACAAUGACGCCUGCUCCUUGCUCUCUGACCCCAAGAUCAGGUGAGCCAAAGGCAAUGAGGACCUUGACAAGGAGAUAAAAACUGAGAAUGACAAGAUAGGCAGCAGUAAACAUUUCAGUUGGAAUGUAAACUGCUGUCUAUUUUCAUAAAGCUUUGAAACUCCAUGUUGAAUUUUAGCUCCAAGGUUCACUCUAAGCCCUCUUUUCUAUCUUAAGAGCUGAUCUGCUGCCAAACAUCCUCCAAAGCUGAUCAGUAGAAGGUACCGAUUAGUCCUUCUCACUAUUGCUUGUUGUCCUAAUCAUUGUGGUUGCCUGUAUGAGGACAGCAGCACAAACUAUUCUGUAGGAGCUGCUAUUUGAUGUAAGGCAAAUACAAAGGGAAGAUAAGUGAAGUAGAAAAGCUAAUCUGCAUUAUAUCCAACAACUUUUUAACCAGAUUGGUACUUUCAACUCAUCAUAUUCAUUUUCUACAAUAAUUUUGAGAUAAAGAGAUUCUUCUACUUUUAGUCUUCCUCUAACAUUUUUUCAUUUCAGUUAUAACAAGUAAGAACAUUUCAAAGAGAAAUUAGCAAAUAAUUCCUCCUUUUUUGUAAUUAAAUACAGCCAGUGGAAACAGGAGGUUGGGAGUCAUAAAUAGACAAGUUGCAAUUCCAACUCAGAUCUACUCCACUCCCUAAUUCAAGGGAAAUGAAAGAUCAUUUGAGAGCAAGUACCAUAUUUCAUGAUGGUUACCAGGGAAACCAUUUACCCUAGUUCACCUGAAUUCUCGUAUGGUAAAUGUUAAUGAAUUAGAUUUUCUGGAAUGUCUGUAGUGCACUGGAAUUAUUAUGUUAGAAUAUUUUAAUAAACAUUCUGUUUUCAAAAAUCA